AUGUCAUCUCGAUCGACCCGAACGUCGAAUAUGAAGACUCCGAUAGUGAGACCGAAGAGGAAGAAGACAUGGGUCGAUCAUUUGGUCCGAUUCCGAUGGAUUUUCGUCGUCUUUUUUAUGCUUCCCAUUUCUGUUAUACUCCACUUCCUCACUUAUCUUGGCGAACUUAGAUCCGAAUCCAAGUCCUACAAGCAGCGCCAAAAGGAGCACGAUGAAAACGUCUUGAAAGCCAUCAAACGGUUAAAAGAAAGGAACCCAUCCAAGGACGGUCUGGUCUGCACAGCCCGAAAACCCUGGGUUUCAGUGGGCAUGCGGAACGUCGACUACAAACGAGCUCGCCAUUUCGAUGUAGACCUCUCGGCUUUAUGUAACAUUCUUGAAAUUGAUCACAAGAGAAUGGUGGUGAAAUGCGAACCCAUGGUUACGAUGGGUCAGAUCACGCGAGCCACGGUUCCAAUGAAUCUUGCACUUGCUGUUGUUGCUGAGCUUGAAGAUCUUACCAUCGGAGGGCUCAUUAACGGUUUCGGAAUCGAAGGAAGCUCUCAUUUAUACGGGCUUUUCUCUGAUACCGUUGUGGCUUACGAGAUUCUUCUUGCAGACGGACGGGUUGUUCGAGCCACGCAGGAUAACGAGUAUUCUGAUCUUUUCUACGCCGUCCCAUGGUCUCAAGGGACCUUGGGCCUGCUUAUUUGUGCCGAAAUCAAGCUUAUACCCAUCAAAGAAUACAUGAAAUUGACUUAUAAGCCCGUACGCGGUAACCUACGCGAUCUCGUGGACGGAUAUAUCGAUUCUUUCGCACCUGAAUUUGGAGAAACCGACGGCAAAAAGGUUCCCGAUUUCGUGGAAACGUUGAUCUACAAUCCGCACGAAGCCGUUUGCAUGACGGGAAAAUAUGCUUCGAAGGAAGAAGCGGAGAAGAAAGGGAACACGAUCAAUAGGACCGGAUGGUGGUUCAAGCCGUGGUUCUUUCAGCACGCUCAGAAGGCGUUACAGAAAGGCGAAUUCGUAGAGUUUAUACCGACUCGAGAGUAUUAUCAUCGGCACACUCGAAGUUUAUUCUGGGAAGUCGAGCUUAUUCUUCUGUUUGCCGAUCAAUGGUGGUUUCGAUUGUUUCUUGGUUGGAUGAUGCCACCAAAAAUUUCGUUGAUGAAAGCCACCCAAGGCGAAGCCCUUCGAAACUAUUAUCAUGAAAUGCAUGUGGUUCAAGACUUGCUUGUUCCUCUUCAUAAGGUUUCCGAUGCUUUAGAAUGGGCGGAUCGUGAAAUGGAGGUAUAUCCCAUUUGGCUUUGCCCACACAAACUAUACAAGCACCCACAUAAAGCGAUGGUGUAUCCCGAGCCGGGGUUUGAGCAAGAACGUAGGCGAGGGGACACCGUAGACGCCCAGAUGUACACAGAUAUCGGGCUCUACUAUUCACCGCGACCCGUGUUGAGGGGUGAAGUAUUUGAUGGGGUUGGUGCAGUUCGUCAAAUGGAGAGCUGGUUGAUUGAUAACCAUGGGUUUGAGACACAAUAUGCGGUCACUGAACUCAGCGAGAAGGAUUUCUGGAGGAUGUUUGAUGGUGAGCUUUACGACAAGUGUCGCAGGAAGUACAAAGCGGUUGGGAACUUUAUGUCAGUGUACUACAAAAGUAAGAAAGGCAAUAAGACCGAGGAGGAGGUUCGAGAAGCUGAAAAUGUGCAGUUUUAA